UGGAUCGCUACAUGUACCCAGCUUACAAUCCUUAUUCGUAUAGGUACCUGAACCCUAGGAAUAAAGGGAUGAGCUGGAGACAGAAGAACUAUUUGGCCAGUUAUGGAGACACUGGGGACUACUGUGAUAAUUAUCAGAGGGCUCAGCUGAAGGCCAUCUUGUCUCAAGUGAACCCUAACCUCACGCCAAGGCUCUGCAGAGCAAACACAAGGGAUGUGGGGGUGCAGGUAAACCCCAGGCAAGAUGCAUCAGUCCAGUGCUCCUUGGGGCCCAGAACUUUACUCAGAAGGAGACCUGGGGCCCUACGGAAGCCUCCACCAGAGCAAGGGAGUCCUGCCUCCCCCACAAAGACUGUGAGAUUCCCCAGGACUAUUGCGGUAUAUUCACCUGUGGCUGCAGGAAGGUUGGCUCCAUUUCAGGAUGAAGGGGUCAAUCUGGAAGAGAAGGGUGAGGCAGUGAGAAGUGAAGGCUCUGAAGGAGGGAGGCAGGAAGGAAAGCAAGGGGAUGGAGAGAUCAAGGAACAGAUGAAGAUGGACAAGACAGAUGAAGAGGAAGCAGCCCCUGCUCAGACAAGGCCAAAGUUCCAGUUCCUGGAGCAGAAGUACGGAUAUUAUCACUGUAAGGACUGCAACAUCCGCUGGGAGAGCGCCUACGUGUGGUGUGUGCAGGAAACCAAUAAGGUGUACUUCAAGCAGUUCUGCAGGACAUGUCAGAAAUCCUAUAAUCCCUACCGUGUGGAAGACAUCAUGUGUCAGAGCUGCAAGCAGACGAGAUGCGCGUGUCCUGUCAAACUGCGUCACGUUGACCCCAAGAGGCCCCACCGCCAGGAUCUGUGUGGGAGAUGCAAAGGCAAACGGCUCUCGUGUGACAGCACCUUUAGCUUCAAGUAUAUCAUUUGAUUGUGUGUAAUUCAUACAUUUCUAGCUACAUUAAUUAAGCCAGGAAAGGGCUUCAUUUAUGUUUUUGUUUUGGAGGAGACGACUGGGAAGGAACUGUCUGUGCAAUGCGCUCGCUUUCUUGUACUGAAUAAACAGAAUAGA